AUGGCAUCAGUUGAUGUAGUGCAACAAUCUACAAAACAAAAGAAGAGCCUUCAUUCUGUGGGAAAGUUUGACUGUGAGGCGCGAUGUUGUUGUGGUUUUGGAGAUGUUAUUUGGGUGGGGGAAUUAAAAGGUGGAAUAGCAGUGUAUAGUGCACAAGAAGGAACUCUUUUAGAACGUAUUAAUGUUGGUAAUACUGAUACUAGGGUUCAUUUCAAGUGUAUUGUGGCUGUUUUUGGAGAAAUUUGGGCAGGUACUAUCACUGGUGAGGUUCACAUUUUUGAUGGAGUACUUAAACGUUGGAAAGGUGUUAUCCGCAUUCAUGGUGUUGAGGCGGCGGCGCCAAUAACAUCUCUCUUCUUUGAUGGCUAUUCCGUGUUAGGUGGAUCUGAGACUGGCCGUAUCGUGCAGUGGAACCCAAUAAACAAACAACAAAUGACUGUCUUUGUGGCACUUGCCCCAGUGACGGCGGUGACUGUUGCCUCUGGUAUUGUGGUUAGUGGUGAUCGAAACGGGGCGGUGCAGCUGUGGAAUAUGUGCAAUGGUUUGCUUGCGGCGGAGCACACGAAAGAUACUUCUGGUGUUACGAGUCUUCUUUACGAGUGGACGACGUCUACGUUGUGGGUGGGUCGUCGUUGCGGUAGUAUCAGUGUGUAUGCGCUUUCCCCGCUGCUACAGUUUACGGGCCGUGUGCGUGUGGACGGUGGGGCGGUGAUAUCUAUGCACGCCGUGAGCGGGAAAGUACUGGUGGUGUCGGCCGGCCGCACAGUGGCGGUUGUGGCGGCGAAAACACUUGCGGUUCUCUCGUCUGUCGCGGCGGCACACGAUGCGUUUAUUCACGACGCCGCGUGUGUUUACGCCGCUACAUCUGUGCGUGCGUGGACGAUUGGCAACGAUGGCACUGCCCGCGUCUGGGACGUUGCCGGUUAUUAUAUUCCCACCGCCCCAACCACAAUGGCAACAACAGCUGCGAACACAAUAGCAGCAAAUGUUGGUACCGACCGAAUGUUGCAAGAGGCGGAAUGGGCGGUGCGAAUCUCCGAAUCGCAGGAUCAAGCAGCAAGUGCGGCGGUCGAGUUGCGGGCCGCACGUGAAGAGGUACACGAACUACGAGUACGCCACACCGCCGUUGAUCGUACACUCGGUGAUAAGGAUGCAGAGAUCGCCGCACAUCUUGCGCGGGUGAAGGAACUCGAGGAAGAUGUUAAACGUCUGCAAAAGACAGUAGCAGAUACGGAAGCCCGCGCGGAUGCCGCACAACGAGAGUCCACUAUGCUUCGAAAAGAUUAUAACACUGCUCUUCAGGAUGCCUCUCAGGCACGUGCGCAGGUGUCGGCAAAGAUUGCUGAAAAGUCAGGGGUUGAACAGCAGUUAUCGGAGCAAAGGACGGAAAAGUCACAUUUGGAAAUUCGACUUCGUGAUAAGGAGGCAGAGGUGACACAGCUCAAGGCGGAGAAUGCGAAACUUCAAAAUAUAUUGAGUGGGAAAUCACUAUCUUCAUCCAUACUACCAUCAGAAAAGGAUAUGUAUCAAAAGAUGCUCGCUAAUAAUAGUGGAGCCAUGCACCAAGAAAUGGAUGAACUUCGUAAAAAGUGUCAACUUAUGAGUGGAUUAUUGGUAUCAAUGGAGUACACAAUUAGACGAAAAGAGGAGGAAGAACGAGAUUUAACGGCACUCAUGAAUGCUUUCCGUCGUAAAGUGGCAGAUCGUGUUACUGAUCCACAUUUGGCUGCACUACUAAACCUUACUAUGUUACGUAAUCCAAGUCGAUUUGAAAUGGAGUGUGAUGAACAUACAAAGUUGUUAUUACGUGAUAGAAAUGGUCCUUUUAUAAGAUUUCUACAACUAUUGCGUGAUCGUGAACCACGUACUUAUGAAGAGUUGGUAGAAUAUUUGCAACAUCCUCUUGCAGGAUCCAAAUUUGGUGACAUAUUUGAAAAAUUAAUGUUUCUCGCUCAGAAAGAAGGCGGAAUUUCGGAUAGUGAUAUGGUAUCAUUUAAGAAGAGUUUACCAACCCUUCUUGACUCACUGAAUGCGUUGAAUGCCUCCAAAACCAUUACAGGAGGAGGGGGUUCAUCUGCAAUAGGUGGGCAACAAGGAUCAACAUUAACUGGAUCGGCUGCAACUUCACAACAUCCAUUAACCUCACUAGAUGCCAAUAGGAAUUCUACUAUGGGUGGUGAUACAUUCAAUAAGAACAAUACAAACUUACUUUCUGCUACAGGAUACCCUGGUGGAACUCUCCAGAGUGCCACAACUCUUCAACAACAACAACAACAACAACAACAACCGGUAACUUUGGGUGCUGCUCCUUCAGGGACUGCAGUGCCUCCACAGGGAGUGGAUGAUUUAACGGUUUUCCUACGAAGUUUAAAUCCAUUUAGAGAGAACCUUGAUUCCAUCGCUCAGGGUCCUCUGGGUUCCGCUGAGGAUAGCUAUGUCAAACAAUUACGUAGUACAUUUGAAUUUAUUUUACAGACACGCCGUGACUUGGUUGAGCAACUUUCAGUUUUGGUAAAACGUGUUGUGAAGGCACGCCAAGUAGUAGAUGCGUUAACAAGCAACGCCAGAGAUAAUUCAUCCCCUUCGCAUCUUCGCCUUUCUGUUAGUGGUGGGGGUAUAAGUGGUAGUGGAGGUUCCUCUGCUGUAGGUGGCCGACACAGUUUGGGGUCAAUUGCGACAAAUAUUCUAGAAGAACUUCAUCGUCUGGCAUUGGGAAUUGUCUCUACGUAUUUGACAACCGCAGAAAAGCAACGUGUGGGCUUUGGAGUAUAG